GUUUAAUGUUUAACAGCACUAAUUAAGCAGAAGAUGAUGUACUAGUAUAAGUAACAGUGUGGGGAACAACAUGGUCAGCUGAACGCAACGAGGCUUCUGAUUUCGACACAGGAAAAUAUGUUCCUGGAAGAAAAGGCUACAAACAGGCUGCAUUGACUGGAAACCAGAAGAGAAGCCAUAACGGUAGAAAAGUUCUAGAAAUAUUUUCAUGCAGAAGCUACAAGAGCAAAAAUCUCAUUUUCAUUGAUAGCUUGUUACAGUUCUGAAUAGGGUUUGUAUGAGAUGCCUCCAGAACAGCAGGGAACUGAAUUCAGUUAACCAGAGACUUGUCCAAGCUCCUGUGGAGAGCAGGGGCUCACAUGAAGGAUAUUACAUCAGCAUUAGGAGAACAAGCAUGACAAAGAAACUUGCCACCUCCAAAGAAAUUAAUCUAUAUCCUUUGAUUUCCAAAUGGGAUCAAUGGUCCUCUUCCUCUUGGAUCCAGGUCUUUCCCACAUCCCAUGCAAGUUAACCCAUUGGUGAGGGGCAAAACAUCAUUUAACAAAUUACAAACACUUGUUGCAGCCCCCUAAAAAAGAAAGGUUCCUUCACUGGAAACAUGCACCUCAUUUUCUGAUGCAAACCUGCUGCUUCCCACAUGUCUUUGUGCCCACUUCUGUGUGCAGUGCUGUCAUGUCACGGGAUGCUCCAGGCUUUUGCCUUGAAUUUUGCCUUGAAGUUCAUGCCUUUCUUCCACCACCAGCUGUGGCCAAUGACUGGCCAUGUGAAAUAAUUUCAAAAGAAGAUGAAGUGUAUCCUGCACCUGUGUUUACUCCUUGCUGUUCUUUGUGCUGUAACCCAUUGCCACCGUGAAGUUAUUUGCCAUGAAGUCAACAAUACUAAUCUGCAAGAUGGAACAGAAAAUUUAUUAACACAUAACUGUGACAAGCAAGGCUCUAACUAUGCAGAUUUUGUAUUUAGAUUUUACAAACAGGCUAUAUCAAAAGAAGCUGAUGAAAAUGUUUUCUUUUCUCCCAUAAGCAUCUCCACUGCAUUUGCCAUGCUGGCUGUUGGUGCUAAGUCAACCACCCUGUCUCAGAUUUUUGGAGGACUGGGCUUUGACGAUCUGACUGAGGCUCGCAUACGUGAUAUACAUGACAGUUUUCACAAAGUUUUAUCAGUACUGAACUGUGCUGAUGCUAAUAUCACAUUAAAUAUAGGGAAUGCCAUUUUUACAGCUACUGGGUAUGAACCACAGGAGUCAUUUUUACAAAAUGCCAAACAAUUUUAUGAUGCAGAUUUUUUUAAUAGCAAUUUCCAUAAACCAGAAGAAACUAAGAGGCAAAUCAAUAAAUACGUAGAGGAGAAAACCAAUGGGAAAAUUACUGAAUUAGUUGAUCAUCUUGAACCAAGUACUGUACUAGUUCUAGUUAACUACAUUUAUUUCAAAGCUGCCUGGGAAAAGUCUUUUGAUCCUUUGCGUACAUAUGAGGAUGAUUUUUUUGUGAACACAAAUGCAUCUGUUAGAGUCAACAUGAUGCAGCAUGACAGUAUCUCUAACACUUACUACGACCAGGAUCUCUCCUGCGAGGUGAUAGAGCUGCCUUACCAGGGCACUGCACGAGCAUUGCUCAUUCUGCCUGAUGAUGGAAAGAUGAAGCAAGUGGAAGAUGCUCUCUCCAAGGAAACUCUUUGUAAAUGGAAUAACAGACUUAUGCCCAGGAGAUUAAAUCUGCAGUUACCAAAGUUUUCUAUUAGUGGGUCUUACGAUGUUAAAAACCUGUUUGAGAAAAUGGGCAUUACUGAAGUGUUCUCAGGUAAUGCUGAUCUGUCGGGAAUUAGUGGCAGCCAUAAUCUCCAGGUUUCACAAGCAAUUCACAAGGCCCUGCUGGAAGUUGAUGAGGCUGGAACUGAAGCUGCAGGAGCCACUGCUAUAAUCUCUACCAGAGUUCUGUAUCCUUCUGUUACCAUCACAUUCAACAGGCCCUUCGUUUUGUUGGUACAAGACAAGCAAACUAGCACUACACUUUUCUUUGGGAAAAUUGUUGAUCCUACUAAAAAGUAAUUGCUGAGUUAUUUGGCAUAUUGGUGUUGGGCACGAAUUGUAAUGGGUACAGUGUUCACAUACACGGGCUUGUUGUCCUCUCUGACUGAGGAAUAUUCAGAAGUAAAUCAGGAAUUCCUUGUCAAAUUAAUAAGCAAAAAAUUAUGAAAAAAAUCUCAUCAAGUAAUGUUUUUUAAAUGUAACAUUUUCCCCAGUUGAGUGUUUGUAUUGGGUUUGCAUGGCAAGGUUGUGGUUGCGGGUGGGGCUACAGGAGUGGCUCCUCUGAGAAGCUGGUAGAAGCUUCCCUCACGUCCAACAGAGCCAAUGCCAGCCGGAUCCAGGACGGAGUUGGCACCAGCCAAUGCGAAGCCCAUCAGAGAUGAUAGUAAUGCUUCUGUAAUAACAUAUUUAAGAAGGAAAAAAAGUUAUUUUGCAGAAGUAAUUGCAGCCAGAGAAGAGCAGAGUGAGAAUAAGUGAAAGAAACAGCCCUGCAGACAGCCAGGUCAGUGCAGAAUGAGAGGGAGGAGGUGAUCCAGGUGCCAGAGCAGAGAUUCCCCUGUUCUGGGGAAUCCAGAAAACCCUGGUGAGGCAGCUGUGCUCAUGCAAACCCUGGAGGGAUGCAGUGAUCUACCUGCAGCCUGUGUAAGAGGUGGAUGUCCAAAGGAGGCUGUGAUCCAUGGGAAACCCACACUGGAGCAGGUUCCUGGCAGGAUCUGUCACUCCAUGGAGAGAGGAACCCAUGCUAGAGCAGGUUUGCUGGUAGGACUUGUGACCCUGUGGGGGACCUACGAUGGAACAACCUGUUUCUGAAGGACUGCACCCCAUGGAAGGGACCCAUCCUGUAGCAAUUCAUGAGGAACUGUAGUCCAUGGGAAGGACUCACACUGGAGAAAUUUGUGGAGGACUAUUGCCUAUGGGAGAGACCCCAUACUGGAACAGGGGUAGGACUCCCUGAGGAGGGAGCAGCAGCAGAAACUGUGAUGAACUGACCACAACUCCUGUUCCCCAUCUCCUUGCACUGCUGUGGGGGAGAAGGUAGUGUCUGGGAAAGAGGGAUGGGUAGGGGGAAGGUGGUUUUAAGAUUUGGUUUACUUCUCAUUAUCCUGCUGUGUUUUUGAUUGCUAAUAAAUUAAUUUAAUUUCUCCAAGUGAAGUCUGCAGAGGUCAAUAAUGCUUAGACGAUCCCAGUGGAGGCAAGAAGCUGGAAUGCUUUAUUGGACUUACAAGUUCAUAUUUAAAGGCUUUAGGGUCUACAUAUUCAACAGGGGGGUUACAUAUUCAUUGGGGGCCAGAACUAUUACAAUUAGGGACUUUAUAGGGAUGAGGUAAAGGGGAAAUCCUAAAUUACCAACUUUUGGGUCUUAGCACUUACAUCAUAGGCAAAAACCCAUCUUAUCUUAGGGGGAUUACAUGGGGGGAGCAGGUAACACAAAGGGAGAGAUAAAACAUGAAAGUUUUUCUGCACAGGUUUGAUGAGAUCAGGGCAUGGUUUCUCCAGGCUUGGGCAGGACAUUCCAAACCCGUGACAUCAAUAAAUCCUUGUCUGGACUCUAGAUGGAGGUUUUUUCCCAGGCUCUGUCAGCCCAAGGCUUUUGUUUAAACCUAGUAGUUUUCUUUUUCUCAUAUCCAAAAAUUUGGAAUCCAACACAACUCUGUUUUUCCUUUGACAGUAAUCUUUCCCUGUCCUUAUGUCAACUAAUGAAACUUUAAUCAUAUUUUCUAUCCCCUGUCCACUUGAGGAAGGAAGUGAUAGAGCGGCUUUGGUGGGCACUUGGCAUCCAGCCAGGGUCAAAACACAGUUGAAGUUAUUAAUAUGUUUUCCAAAUUUUCCUUGAAAGAUAACUUUUUUAAAGUAUGUUGUUAUUUUUCAAAGUGAAUUCUCUCUGCUAAGGAGUUUUACUACUCACCAAAACUUUUAUCCCAACAGGUAACAAGUCUUGUAAUGCUACUAUGUCUUCUCCAGCACAUGAUGAUGACCAGUAUUCACCUGAGCUAGUCCCUACAAAGUCCUUUCUUCUUUACAUUGCUCUUUGCUGCCUAGGCUGUUUAUCCUCAAUCAACCUAUUCUUUCUCACGUUCCAACUCUUUGCCUAGGAGCUCUUAAGAAAUCAUUGACAAAAAAAA